AUGCUUCUCGUCUCCGACUCUGCCCUCGUCGCACGCCUCGCGCGCGCUCUCCAGGAGGUCCUCCACAGCGGGGAGCCUGUCGAACAGAUCGCGCAGCUUCGGCGGCAGGCCCUGCGCGUCGCGCACGGCUCGACCGAUGUCGAGGAUGGUCUUGGUGAUGCCGAUGCAGGCGUCGAUCAGCCCGACCACCGCGAUGCCUUCCACGCCCGACAUGAUCGCGAGUCAGGGGGAGACCCACCCGCGACACCGGCCAAACCGCGCCUGCACCUCCCGUUCCGCCGCGACCCACAUUUCGUCGAGCGCGUUGGCUUGACCGAGCAGAUCGCGCGCCGGUUGUCGGCGCCGUCAGGCCGAGCGGCGCUGGUAGGGCUGGGCGGGGUCGGGAAAUCACAGCUCGCGAUCGAGCACUGCUAUCGGUAUCACGACGUGCACGCCGACCGAUGGGUGCUGUGGAUCUACGCCAGCAGCGCGACGCGGUUCGCGCAGAGCGUGCGCGAGAUCGCAUCGCUCGGCAAGAUACGCGGACGAGAUGAUGUGAAUGCAGACAUCUAUCAGCUGUUGCGUGCAUGGCUGCUUGACAGUGAGAAUGGUCACUGGUUGGUCGUGCUCGACAAUGCGGAUGAUAUCGAUUAUCUGGUGGACCGGUCGGAGUCCGGGAGACUCAUCGACUGCAUCCCCACAUGUCCGCACGGCGCGAUGAUCGUCACGUCGCGCAAUAGACGAGCGGCACGACGGCUGGUCGAAGAGCACGACACCAUCGACGUCGACCGGAUGGACGAGGCGGAUGCUAUGACACUGGUCGCACGCAAGCUGCGCCGGAUCACUGACACAGCGGGGCAUCGGCAGCUCGUCGGCGCGCUAGAAUACAUGCCGCUUGCGAUCACGCAGGCGGCAGCCUUUCUCCAGCAGAGCCGGCGCAAGUACACGAUCGAGCGGUACAUGGAGGAUCUGGAGAGACUAGACGCGUCCGAAGGUGCGCUCCUCGAUCGCGACCACGGCGAUCUGCGUCGCGAUCCGGACGCCAGCAACUCGAUCAUCCUGACCUGGCAGAUCUCUUUCGAGCAUAUUCGACGGACGAGGAGGUCCGCAGCCGAUCUCCUGUCGCUAAUGUGUCUCUGCGACCGUAAUAGCGUUCCCGAGCUCCUGAUCAGUCCGCAGCGCGAAGGCGAAAGCGAAGAUGCCGGGUUUGAAGGGGACUUGAGUGUUCUCCUUGAGUUCUCGUUUAUCAUCGAAUCGUCCGACGACUCGGCGUUUGAAAUGCAUCGAUUGGUACAGCUUGCGACGCGCAAGUGGUCGUUGUCUCGAGGGGAGAUGGGCAUGCACGUGGAUCGCCUUCUCGUCAGCCUCGAUCAGACGAUGCCUUGGGUCGAGCACGCUAAGGUCAGCGUGUGCGAGAUGCUGUUCCCACAUGCACGGUCCGCGAUGGAGCUCACGGCUCAUGUGUCCUCAUCGUUGAAGGAGUGGCGAGAUGUAAUGGACAAAGCCGCGCGAUAUGCAUCGUACAAGGGCAGCGGAAUAUUGCUACAUCAAGCAAUCGAGAUGGGGGAGCGAUGCUGGGAGGCGAAGAAGAGGCAGCUCGGCGAGGAGCAUCGGGAGACACUCGUCUCGAUGGGCCAGCUCGCGAGGUACUACGACCGGCUCGGCGACAGCAGGAAAGCGGCGGAGAUGGGGGAGCGAUGCUGGGAGGCGAGGAAGAGGCAGCUCGGCGAGGAGCAUCCGCACACACUCGUCUCGAUGAGCAACCUUGCGGGGAAAGCGGCGGAGAUGGAGGAGCGAUGCUGGGAGGCGAAGAAGAGGCAGCUCGGCGAGGAGCAUCGGGAGACACUCGUCUCGAUGGGCCACCUCGCGGGGUACUACGACCGGCUCGGCGACAGCAGGAAAGCGGCGGAGAUGGGGGAGCGAUGCUGGGAGGUGAGCAAGAGGCAGCGCGGCGAAGACCAUCCGCACACGAUGAUAUACAAGAACAACAUUGCGCGCUAUCAAAAUCAGAGUACCAGAGAAGACCUUAAGACAAGGGCCGAUUCUAAUAGAUCUGUAAACAGCAUGCGCAGAGAUCCAAAUGGACACUGA